CCUUCAACCCUCUUCUUCUUCUUCUUCUUCUCUUCUCCAUUCUAAUGGUGGUUAUAGUAUCUCCACAACCUACAUCCUUCCCUAUCCCUCAACAACUCUACGGUUUAUCAUCAACCUCUCUGACCCUACCACCUUCUUCUUUUUCCUCUGUACUCUCACUGUCUCAAUCCUUGACAGCCGACCCUCCGCACCACUCUCAUCCUCUCGUCCCGGCUUUUUUUGUCAUCGGAGACUCCUCUGUUGAUUGCGGUACCAAUAAUUUUCUUGGAACUUUUGCUCGAGCUGAUCAUCUUCCCUACGGCAGAGACUUCGAUACCCAUCAACCCACCGGCCGCUUUUGUAAUGGAAGAAUCCCAGUUGAUUAUCUUGCUGUGCGUCUUGGGCUUCCAUUUGUACCAAGUUAUCUUGGACACAUUGGAGCUGUUGAAGAUAUGAUUCAAGGAGUCAACUAUGCAUCGGCUGCUGCUGGAAUUAUUUUCUCAAGCGGGUCAGAAUUGGGUCAACACAUCUCCUUAACUAACCAGAUUCAGCAGUUCACAGAUACCUACCAGCAGUUUGUACUAACAAUGGGUCAGGAUGUUGCAACUGAUCUCAUCUCAAAAUCUGUGCUUUAUCUUUCGAUUGGUGUAAACGACUACAUACAUUACUAUCUGCGUAAUGUAUCCAAUGUGCAAAACCGGUACCUACCAUGGGGUUUUAGCAAAUUCCUAGCAUCAGGCAUGAGAGAGGCAAUUAAGAGCUUGUACAACACAGAUGUAAGGAAUGUGAUUGUAAUGGGAGUGGCUCCUAUUGGUUGUGCUCCUUACUACCUGUGGAAGUAUCAAAGUAAGAACGGAGAGUGUGCUGAGGAAAUAAACGACAUGAUUAUGGAGUUCAACUUUCUAAUGAGAUACACUGUGGAGGAGGUUCACGAUGAGCUUCCUGACGCAAACAUCAUCUUCUGUGAUGUUUUUGAAGGUUCUAUGGAUAUUAUUGAGAAUCAUCAACUUUACGGUUUCAAUGUCACUACAGAAGCUUGUUGUGGAUUGGGCAAGUAUAAAGGUUGGAUCAUGUGCUUAACACCAGAAAUGGCUUGCAGGAAUGCAGCUAAUCAUAUCUGGUGGGAUCAAUUUCAUCCAACUGAUGCAGUGAAUGCUAUACUGGCAGACAAUGUGUGGAAUGACGGCCACACGAAAAUGUGUUAUCCCAUGAAUUUGGAACAGAUGGUUGCUGCUUCUAGGUCUAAUGGUUGAACAUGUUUUCCCAUUCGUUACGACUAGAUGCUCUGCACUUUUUCUCCUUACCUAUAUUUUCAUAUAUAAACAU